UCCACAUAAUCGUGAAUGUAUCAUCAUCACUUUAAUUACCGGUAUGUAUUACGAGUUGUUAAAAAUAAUAUUGGUUUAGUCUUGAACAACAUAUUGAUUAGUGUGCAGCUAGGUCUUUUACUUCUCCUUCCCUUACUUUUGACGGUCGUAACUCCGAACAUGGCAAGUGUGGCCCUCCGAAAUGUGGUGCAAGGAAACAGCGAGUUCACUCAGAAAUUGCACAGCGUUCUGGCCGCAGAUGCGAAGCCUCAGGAAAACAUUUUUUUCUCCCCUAUAAGUGCACACGCGGCCCUUUCUAUGGCUUACCAAGGUGCUAGGGGAGCUACCAGUGCCGAAUUCGCUCAGGUUCUGAAUAUUAAGGAUCAGGCUACCGCUGCCAACGGGUACAACGAGGUGAUGCGUCACCUGAACUCCGUCGAGAAUGUCACCCUGCAUAUAGCCAAUAAAAUUUAUGUGGACGAGAAAUCCGAGCUAAACGAAAACUUCCACGCGAACAUCAAGAGGAAAUUCCUCUCGGAAGUGGAACCGGUGUCGUUCAGGGCAUCCCUAACGGCCGCCCAAUUAAUUAACUCCUGGGUCGAGGGCAAAACGAACAAUAAAAUCCACGAACUCGUUCAACCGAACGACUUAAACGAAGACACCAGAAUGGUCCUGGUGAACGCGAUCUACUUCAAAGGCAACUGGAAAGAGAAAUUCAACGAGAACGACACCCGCGUCGACAAAUUCCACUUGAACGCCCACGAAUCGGUCGACGUGCAAAUGAUGCAUAAAUCCGCGAAAUUCCUUUAUAAAUUCGACGCCAACUUGGAGGCGCAGGUGUUGGAAUUACCGUACGCUAACGAGGACAUCAGCAUGAUCGUCGUGUUGCCCGAUAAAGUGGACGGCAUCGCCGACCUCGAAAGUAAAUUGGCCGACUACGACCUGACCAGGAUCACGCAGGACAUGUACCAGACCGAGGUGUCCGUCACGUUGCCCAAGUUCAAGAUCGAAACGACGAUGCAGCUGAACGAGCCCUUGCAAAAGUUGGGUCUGAAACAGGCCUUUACCAAUCAGGCCGACUUCAGUGACAUGAUUAAAAACGAAGCGCUUAAAAUCAGUAAAGUGGUGCAGAAAGCGUUUAUUGAAGUUAACGAGGAGGGAAGCGAGGCCGCGGCCGCCACUGGAGUUCAACUCACUUUAUUGAGUCUUGAAAUACCGAUGCCUCCCGCAGAGUUCGUUGCUAAUCAUCCCUUCAUAAUUCUUCUCAAUGCUCGGGGAUACGUGGUGGACGAAGAGAGACAGGCCAGGGAGUAUUUUAGCAACGUCGUGUUGUUUACGGGACGAAUUGCUAAUCCUGACAAAUAAAUUGAACGUAACCUAAAUCAGGGUCGCUUGUAAAACUUUUUUUUAUCCUUUUAUAAUUUUUAAUACCUUUAUUUUGCUGAAUUAUAUUUUUUAUUAGUAUUGCAUUAGUUAAGCCUGAGAAAACUCAUUUAUAAAUUGCUAGUUUUUUAAAAUGUUUUAUUUCAUUUAGUUUGUCUCAGGGUUUCCUAGUUCUUAAAUAAUUCUUCUUAAAUGUUUUACCUUCUAUAUAGUAUUAUCUAGGAGCUCUGUAACCGAUUAAUUAAAAUAAAUGGUUUUCUCUUA